UUUUGAUCUGGAUCUGUGAUCAGAUUUUGAUUUUUGAGUGUACACAGUACAAACACCUAGUGAUACUCCACAUAAUCAAGGAUGCCUAAAUUAGAAGAGAAACCUAGAGUAUUACUUGAAGAAUUUCGAGUAAAGAAUGCUCCUGAUGAUUAUGGAAUGGCAGAUGAAAAAUGGAAUUUUAAAAAAUUUACAAAAAAGUUUCGUAUAGUUAUAGUCCGUAUGGACAAUUCUGAAAUGGAAUUUGAUUUAAUUGGGAUUCAGCCAGCCUUUGCAAAUGCCUUCCGUAGAUUGAUGUUGAGUGAAGUUCCCAGUAUGGCGAUUGAGAAAGUUAUGAUCAAAAACAAUACAUCUAUCAUCCAGGAUGAAGUACUGGCUCACCGACUGGGAUUAAUACCACUUAAAGCUGAUCCUAGACUAUUUGAAUACCGUGCAGAUGAUGCAACAGAAUUAUUUGAUACAGAUUAUGUAGAAGAAUUUGCUACACUUGAGUAUACAUUAAAAAUUAAAUGUACCACAAACAAAUCACAGCCCAAGGACUCAUUUAGAGCAGAAGACUUGUAUGAAAAUCAUAGUGUAUAUUCUUCAUCAAUAAAAUGGCAUCCGAUUGGCAACCAAGCUUCUGUUCACAAAGAAACAGAUGUGGGUCCAGUUCACAGUGACAUACUCAUUUCGAAAAUGAGGCCCGGACAUGAACUAGACCUGCACCUAGUGGCUGUUAAGGGUAUUGGAAAGGAUCAUGCAAAAUUUUCUCCAGUAGCAACAGCCUCUUAUCGUUUAUUACCAGAAAUAACAUUAACAAGGGAAGUGACUGGAAGUGAGGCAACACUGUUGCAGAGCUGUUUUUCCCCAUGUGUGAUUGGUCUCGACUCUGAUGGUCGAGCAUUUGUAAGAGAUGCCAGAUAUGAUAGUUGUAGCAGAAAUGUGUACAGAUAUGACUGCAUUAAAGAUGCAGUUGUCCUUAGCAGGGUUCGAGAUCAUUUUAUAUUUAAUGUGGAGUCUGUGGGAGCAAUGCCGCCAAAUGUUAUAUUUGUAGAAGCAGUUAAAAUUCUAAGAGAUAAAUGUAAAUCAUUAUUGGACGAAUUAAACAAUUUUUAAAAUGAAA